AUGUCUGAUUCUACAUCUUUUGAGGAUUUAAAUGUUUCGGAGAAUCUUUUAAAAGGAAUUUAUUGCUAUGGAUUUGAAAUGAUGCUUCCCUCCCAAAUAGCCAUCUUGAAAUCUUUUGAAUCAACGAAAUCUUGCACACUAGUUCAAUGGAUUGCAGGAUCAGGGAAAACUAUUGGAUUGAUAAUUAAAGUAUUGAAACAUGUUGAUUUUUCAAAGAAGGAUGAUCAAUUGCAAGGUUUAGUUCUAGUUCCGAACGAGUUUUUGGCCUAUCAAGUAAGAAGUGCUAUGCUUGCUCUUGCUGAUUUUAUUCAAGAGGCGAAAAUUUCUAGUGAUUGGAGAGAAAAUCCAAGAAUUUUGAUUACCACUCCAGAAUUAGCAAUUAAGAAGAAUAGAAUUAAUUUUACUAGUUUGGAAAUUCUUGCAAUUGAUGAAAUGGAUAUCAUGUUAGAGAUUGGAUGUGGAAGAAGAAAGUGUAUUAAGAGUAUUUUCAAUCAACUCCCAAAAGGAUGUGAAAUUCUGGGAACUGGUUUGAGAAUGUUACCCAAAGAAUGUUACAUGUAUGAUGAUUAUUUGAAGGAUUCACUUAUUAUUACAUUCGAUCAAAGAGAGAAGCAGUUGGGAGAUAAUAUUUAUGAGAAUUUCGUCUAUUGUCCAAAAAUGGAUCAAAAGCUCAGCUUGCUACAAUCCAUUCAAAAUGGAACUGUCUCUACGGUACUAUUCUGCAAUACCUACUCCAGAGCAGAGCAGUUUCAUGUCAUUCUAAAAGAUUCAAUAUUUCCCUCCCUAUUGGUUGUUCCUCAGUGUGGGAAAUUACAUCAACUGUAUUAUGAAUCGUUGUAUUUGAUUGGCACUCAUGAUGAUUGGUAUGGAAUUGACAUGCAGUGGUGCGAAUUGGUUGUGCAUUUUGAUGUCAUUUGUGAUAAGGCAAUUAGUAGAAUGCGAUCUGGAAGAUGUAGAAGAAGAGGAAAAGCAUUGUAUCUUCCCUCAACAUUGGAAGAAUUGGAUUUUGUGUGUGAAUUGCUUUAUGGAUCACCAAAUUGUAAAUAUCAUAGAAUCAUGCUGAAAAAUUCAAAAUAUUACGAUGUUUGCAUCAAUUUUGAGAUGGAUUUAAAAAAUUGA